UUGAGAGUAUAUUUAAAACUUUUUUGAUCGUGUUUAGUUAAUAAAAACACAUUUGUUAUUUAUUUGCUACAAGAAGCUUGCUUGUAAGAAGUAUUAUUAGUAUGAUGUAACUUUUUGAACAACGCUACACAAAUACUUUGGUACUCACCAAAUUACUUCCGCAUCCGCUAUGUUUUCUAUUUCGAGGGACAGCACGAAAAAGCUAGAGUAAUGUCGUUGUUUGUAUGGGAUGAUAUGGAACGAAUGUGAGAUUCCGCACCUUUGUGACGAAUUGGCACUUUUAGUAAACUCUUCGUAGUUUGUUACGGGUUUGGUUCGUGUUGUCACGGCGGAGCAUUGGUCGCCACGCUGCGACUCCCAGAGACAAACAUGUCUCUGCUGUCCAUGAUUGAGCAAGCUAUCAAAUCUUGCAAAUAUGAACAAGCCAAGAUUAACCACAAUAUUCAACACUACAGAGAAAUACUACAGACCUUAACACCACAACCAAAGAUGGGCACUGAUGAGUCAGAAUCCUGGUCAGAAUUUGCAGAUGACGCUGCUCCAGAUACAGUUACCUCACCCGUGGAGAAAGAAGAAAUGGAACUGCUUGAGAGAGCACUGGAGAAAGCUCUUCGGGUCCGCACUGGCACAGUGUCUUCUAAAAAAGACUCAAACAAACAAUCUGCAUGUCGAAAGGCAUCCAGCACUUCAGCUGUCACAUCGAAAGAGGGAAUGCAGGCUUCUACAGCUCCUAAAGGAAACCAGAAAACCGCCAGAUCUACCUCUAAAUCAGCCAGUCUUGACAGAAAAGAUCACAGAAAGCCUGGUACGUUGGUGUUCAACUCAAAAUCUUCACAUAGCUACCAUCCUGGACAGUGCAAAACCAGAAUUAAUAGAAACAUAAUCAUGAACUGUUCUGUCUCUUCAGCUGGGAUUGUGCAUCAUCAGGCAGCAAGGGCAUCACAGCAGGCUGUCUCAGCGUCUGGCUCACUAGCCCGGGGUCAGUUACACACCUCGACCCUCCACUCAAAAAACAAAACUAUAAGAAGCAAUGAGCUGAGUGGGACUGACCUGGGCACAGCUGCAGCUUUUUCCACUCAUUCACAUAACACAGUGCCUGUUUCACAUAGAUUGGAGUCUGGAGCUCACAGUUUACCUCCACAGAAAGGGAAAGCUUCUGAUCAAACAGCAAAAUGGAAAUCUCUAAGAAGGAAACAAAACAGGUUAUGGGACAAAGUCGUUGCCCUGCAAAGGAAACCUGUGUCAGGGAGGAGUCACUUCAUGGAGAGAAUGACAGCUUUGUUCCCCAAGGAUUGGCCAUGUGGUUGCCCGGAUCAGACCAGGAUUUUGGUCGCAAGACUGACUCACCAAGGGCAUGACCUCACCCAGCACAGGCAGGCAGAGGAGUUUCUGGGCAAACAGACGCUAGGAGUAGCCACGGAGCAAGGUUCUAAAGCAAACCAGUAUGACUCCUGUCUGGAACUUGAGAGGUUGUUGGUGGUAGCAGAUCAUCUCCAGAACUCUGCACACCAAGCAAAAGAAGAGUGGGAAGCAUGGGAUCGAUGGAGGCCAGAGGGAGGUUGUCUUUGCCCCACUGGGGCAAAUAGUGUGUGGGGCGAUGGGAUAAUUGCACCCCUGCCCCUGACUAUAACCUACACAUCAGAGGCAGAGCUCAGAGAACUGGAGAAUCUGAGAAUGAGGGUGGCACUGCUGCAACAGGAGACUUACAUUGAGCAGGCUCUGUUGGACACUCUGUCCCCUCAGCUUUCAUCUAUUGUACCUGGGCCUGGAUGUCCCGACCUCAGUGUGCUGAGAGGCAUGUACUCCCUGCUGGGGGAAGGGGGGGAGCGUUUCCCUGCCAUAGUCCUGGACUCUGAGCCUGACUGACCAGAGCACAUUACACCUGUUCAUGAAAUCUACUGUUUAUCUUCUUUUACACAUAAGAAAAAUAAAAUAUUACCUCUUGGCAUAAUGCAAUCACAAUACACAACAUUCCAAACAUAUAACUACUUGGGCACAGACCUUAAAAGUAAAACAUAUUAGUUGUAUCUGCUUAAUAUAUUGUUAUUUUAAGAUGUAAAUAAAUCAAACAUUAACUUUAUACUCCGAAUCGGAAUAUUUUAAUUAGUACUUACAUUUAGUUAGCGUAGGAUUUAUUUUUUCGAAAUAGUUUUAAGUUAUAUUUUGAUAAAAUGUUACUGUGUAAAAAAAAAAAAAACUAGAAUAAUGGCUAAUGGAAAAACUGAACCCAUGGUCUGUAAUAGAACACUUACUGUACCAGCAGGGGGCGCUCACUCACAGAAGAACUGACCAUCAAACACACUAGCAGGGGUCUAAUGUUAAUCACUUGUUUUGAAAAUGUGGAUUGCAAUUUUGAUCCAAUGUGUGACCUAGAAUUACAUGUGGAAAUAAGAUUUCUCAUUAAAUACAAACAAUAAUUUU